AUGGGGACCGAGUUCGAAAAGGGCAACGCCCAGGAAAACUCCUCGUUCUUUACGAAGCUACCCCCAGAACUCAGGCGCCUGAUCUUCAUAUACCUCUUUGGAGAGUCAACCGUGCAUAUCAAGUUUCAUCAAAGCAAGGAUCAGUUCAAACGCGAGGGUCGCCCUAAACCUUCAAAGGUCCCUGGAUGGUGUCACUGCGUCUGCAGAAAAGGCAAGGGAGCUCUUCCGCAUCAACAUUCAGAAAAGGACCAUAAAUGGUGCCAACUUUCUGCGAACGUUAUGUUCACCUGCAAGUGGGCCUUUCAGAGCGGCCUCCAUGUGCUCUAUGAUUAUGCCAUGUUCAGCUCUUGGGUUACCACCAAGCAAAAGUAUAUCAAGUGGCUCCAGUUAUACCUCCGACACAACUAUUACGACAACUAUUAUGUUGACUUCUACCAGCUGGCAGCUCUGAUGCCUCACACCUCACUCAAGGAAAACGUGGAGGUCCGAAUCGACGUACACCAUCUCCUGUCCAUCGAUAAUGAUGCCGGUUUUAUCUAUGAUGUCGCGGACAAGAUGUUGGACGGGUUAAAAGGGUUUCUGUAUGCUCUGAACCAAAGCUCGGUGUCGAUGCUCGAUCUUUAUCUGCCGGGAACAUUAGAAUUUUUUGUGGAAAUGGGAGAAAAACGGGAUUGGCAGGCUUGGCAAAAGACUGUCUGCCAUUUCGAGCAUGAACCUGAAGACAAUUCUGAGGAGGAAGGCCCAGAGUCUGAUGACGAGAAUUACGGCCUCGUCGUGUUUCCCACGCGAGGGGACUUCUAA